AAAAGUAUAAUAAACAACAACAUCGCACGUGUGUUUUGUUUCUGAUUGAUGUUUGUUUUUCGUUUGUUUGGUUUGACAAUCUGAAGUGAAUUUUUUUAAAAAAUGGCACGAACUAUACCAAAUUGUAAUCGAAGUUUUCUGAUCGAAUCAUUAUUGGAAAACAAGCGAUUGGAUAAUCGAACAUUUUAUCAAUCACGAAAUUUACAGGUAAAUUUUGGCCGAACAUUUGGUUCUUGUUUUGUUCAGCUAGGCAAUACUGUUAUGUAUGCAUCAACCGAAGCAACAUUAGAUGAACCACGUAUAACUCGGCCAUCAGAAGGCCGUUUUAAAGUUAUCAUAAACAUUGGUGCUGGUGGUAAAGAACGUUGGUUACGUAAUAUUGAACGAUCACAACCAACCGAAGCUAUAUUAACAACAAGAUUGUUGGAAAAAAUUAUUAAUCGUAUUAAUGUUUUAGAUUUGGAAUCAUUAUGUUUAGUGACCGGUCGAACUGUAUGGUGUAUUUGUACAAAAUUAGUUCUGUUAAAUUUUGAUGGAAAUCUUAUUGAAGCAGCAUCGAUUGCAACAAUAGCAUCAUUAAUGCAUUUUAAACGACCAGAUGCGACUGUAACACCUGAUGGUGAUAUUAUCGUACAUUCAUAUGAGGAACGUAAUCCUCUACCGAUAACUUUAUUUCAUUAUCCAAUAUGUGUUACAUUUCAAUUUAUGGAUCGCACACAUUUGAAAAAAAUUUUGACGGAAAAUCAGGAAAUUUUACCGGCUGAAAAACAUGAACAAUUUGUGCGUAAAGCACAACAAUUAUUGAUUUGUGAUCCAACCGAAGAGGAAGAAGAUUUUCUACGAAAUGUUCUGAUUGUUUGUGCGAAUGUUUUGAAAGAAAUAGUUGCCAUUCAAUCAAUUGGUCAAUUAUCAUUACAAUCAUUUUCAAAACGUUUAUUACGUUUAUGUACGGAAAAAGCAUUCGAACGUGUACGUUUCGUUACGGAUUAUUUGAAAAGUACAUUAGAUUCACAUAAUAACUAUUCCGGUGGUCAUUCACAACAACAAUCAUUAUUCGAACGUUAUGGUUUUUUCGAAGCAAUGUUGAAUGGUGAUCUUUGUAUUGCUCGAAACUUUAAUCUUAAUCCUGUUUACGAAAAUAAUGAUAACAAUGAUAAUAAUGAUGGUAAUAAUGAUGAUAAUCAACAACAAAAUCGUCAAUCUGGUCUAACAAUGUUUGAAGAAUAUGGCAUUUAUCCUGUUAAUGAUUAUGGUCAUGGUGGUGGUUCGAAAUGGAAAAACCAAACUAAUAAAUAUCAAUUAAAUGAUGAUCGACAAUCAUUUAAAUCACAAUCACAACAAUCAACAUCAAAAUCAAAUCAAUUUGAAAUUCGUACAACACAAUUAACUGAUCCAUUGUUGAAUGAUCAAAGUGAACAAGAAAAAUCGAAGCAAAAUGAUGCCAAAAUAUCAUCAUCAAAUAUAAAUAAAUGGACAAUAGUUGAUAAAAAACAUGCAGCAACUGAUUCAAAUAUCCGUUCAACAAUUGAAAAAUUUAAUGAAAAAACUAAAAAAGAAAAACAAGCAAUUUUAGCCGCUGCUAAUGUUUCAACCAAUAAAAAUGAAGAUGAUAAUGAUGAAGAAGAUAACACCAUACAACUUCAAUGGGAAUUUCAAACGAAAAAUUCAAAAAAUAACAAAAAACGAAAAUAAAUCAUUUGUUGCUUUGAACAUAAUCAAUAG